AUGGGCUUCCUCCUUCCUCACGUCAGGGGAACGUGGGACCCGCUGCUUCAGCGAAGCGCCGCUCCCCGCGCUGCGUCUCGGCCGUCAUCUCUGUCCCCCGGAAAGCUGUUGCCGCCGCUAUCCGCGGCUGGAAGCGAGGCAGCGGGGCGGGUGGUUCCCGUGCAGUCCCCGCGGCCGGAGGUGGCGUCAGGCGGGCCGAGGGCGAGCGACCGGCCGCUCAAGCAGACGCCGGCCGAGCGGAGCAGGGGGGGCGGGCUUGAGGAGAUGCACACCGAGGAGGAGCUCCACACGGGCGGCACCCGAGCGACGGCGGGCGGCGAGAGCUCGGUGGCUCCGACCCCGGCGCCGACGGGAUCGUCGGCCGCGACGCCGCGCAGCCUCGAGGCGGAGAGCCUCGCCCUUGCCUGGCGGCUGCAGCAGCUCGAGCAGGAGGCGCUCCACGAGGCAAUCACCGCAAACUCGCCGAUGCCAGUGCCGGGCGGCGGCGGCGGCUUCGGAGCCAACGCGGACGGCCCUGAGCGGAUGGAGACGGAAGGCGACGAGGACGCCUCGCUGCGGCUCGCAAUCCGGCUGCAGCAAGAGGAGCUGCAGUGGCACCAGAUGGCGUCCCGCCGCACCUUGGAGCAGGCGGGAGUCGUGCUGCACGGGCCCUCGGCGGCGAGCGAGGAAGGGCCGGCGGACUGA